AUGGAAUGGUCACCACAAGAGGCCGGUCUUCCUCCGCUACCGGCUCUCAAGGGAAAUUCUUCCGGCAACAAUGUUAUAAGUGGCAUCUUCGUCUCAGAGAAUCGCCGGAUUGAAUCACGGUACGAAAUCUUGGACCCGGACCCAAAGUCGCCCUCAGAUGUGAGCGGAGGGGAAUUUCAGCUGUCGCAUGGCGGCAGUGUACGAAAUGGACCAACGGUCCAGCAUCAUCCAACCGAGUCGGCUGGCAGUCCAGGCCCAUUGUAUCAUCAUCCUCCCAUCACGGACCCGACCGAGGCGUUCUUCAUGGAGCGAUACUGCAACAUCCUCGGCCCCUGGUUCGACAUGUUCGACACCAUCAGACACUGGUCUCACGCAGUGCCACACCUGUCGUUGUCCAACCCGUCCUUGUUCCGCUCCAUAAUUGCAAGCUGUUCAAAGCAGUAUUCCCUGGUGUCUGGAGAGAGCUCGAUCUACGCGCUCGACCAGUACAACCGCGGGCUGAAGGAGCUGACGCGAGCCCUGGGCGAGGGCGAGGGCAAUGGCAGCGAGUCGACGACGGGGCAUGCUGCGGUAUUUGCGUCCUGUUUGCUCAUAGGGUAUUGCGAAAUGAUCGAUGCCCAAAGUCUCGACUGGCACACGCACCUGAGCGGCACCUUCUCUCUGUGCUCAAGCCAGGGCUGGCAUGGGCGAUCCGGAGGCGUCGCCCAGUCGUGCUUCUGGGUCUACUGUCGGAUGGACCUGCUGGCCGCCAUAGCCAGGGCUCGACACACUUUGCUUGACCCAUCACGCUGGCUUCCCGAUGGAACUUCGCUGGCUCCUCCGCGCCAGCGUGCUCACGACUGGGACCUCGACUCAUGGUGCAACCACGUGGUAGUGCUCCUUGCUCAGACGCACAAUUUACUCUGUGACGUGCGGCAGCCUUUGCGUACCUCGACAGAGCAAUCGGAGCUCGAAGAGAGAUGGAACGGAAUGUCCACUUCUCUGGAUACACACGAGAGCAGCCGUCCGAUCGCUCUCCGCCCAAUCAUUGACUUGCCCCCAAAGGAUCCGCGGAUGCCCUUCAGGCAGAUAAUAUACGUGUCGGCCGCGGCAUGUGCAGCAACGCAGAUGAUGGAUCUGGCUUGUCUGUUCCUCAUCCUCGCCUUCCCAGACAGGACACCCGCCGAGAGGGCCGUCCGGCUCAUGUCCGAGUCCGUAUGCAGAGAAGCUGUCGGUCUGAGCCGCAAGAUCGUGUCGAAUAGCAUCGCGAAUCGACAUCCCAUCGCCUGGGCCAACGCCGUUCAGUUGUUGUCCAGCGCCGGAACGAUACUCGUCGGUCGACCUGAAAGGGAAGCGCUCCUACGGGUGUUGAAUGACAUCAAGCUUGAGACUGGCUGGAACACGCUCGGUAACUGCCAGAGUUUGCGGGCGUGGUGGGACUCUUUUUGGCCAGGGGCUGACGAUGGUCUCCAUACUACAGACGACGACGAUGUCAAGACACUGCUGCGUGUCGGGAAAAGCUUGAUCAGGCUUUCCACCUAG